GUAUCUGGGAUGGGGGAUUGGGCUCAAAUAAAGGUGGACAUCAUUAUGGCCCUUCCAUCCAACCGUGUCGCCCGCCGAUUCCUGCUCGAUGUUCCGAUCAGCCGACCCUCUCUGCAAUUCGAUACACUUGCCUUCUGCCUCAAGCUGCCUGGCCUCAGCUUUAAUACCUCUCAUCUUUUUCAUGCCUUUUUUCUGAUUUCCGCCUCGCUACUCAACCGGCCCAAUCGUCUCCCAAAGGUUCUGCUCUUUCUCUCGACUGUCGAGAACAUCGUGGAGCAUUUGUGCCGUUGGCACUCGAAGCUCGAGGCCAUUCGCCAACGAGUGAAUGUGAUGAUCACCAUCAGCAUAAGCACCAUGCUCUUCCUCCUGGGGCUGCUGUUGCUAACGCAAGUGAGCCCAGAUUGUGUUUGUCCGAGUGGGACUUUGUUAAAAGAGAGCAAAAAAGAGACAAUCACACACACACAACACAACCAUGCAGCCGAGUUGUGA